AGGACCAACAUGGCAGCUCUCUGAGUUUUGGAGGAGGGGAGCUGCUGUAAAUAAACACAAAUUCAACCUUUUGAAGACAGCGACAGCGUCGGGGUGUUCGAGUUUAGGAGCUACUGGACCGCGGGAGGGAAAAUGUCGAGUGACGGAAACAAGAAACAGUUUUGGAAGAGAAACACAGCGAAGGUUCCCGGCAGCAUUCAGCAUGUGUACGGAGCUCAACAUCCACCCUUCGACCCGCUGCUUCACGCUAAUCUAAUGAAAGCAGGCAACAAGCCGCCCCCAGCCACACCAGGCAAGCCCAAGAAGGCCACCACGUUCCAGGAGUUUGAAAGCAUCACGAGCGACGCCUGGGAUGCAGGUGACGACGAUGACGAGCUGCUGGCCAUGGCUGCACAGAACCUCAACAUCGAGGUGGUGAUGGAGACGGCCAAUAAGGUGAUUGAGAAUCACAGCAAGCAGCAGGAGCGUCAGAGGCAGGACGACACGCCAGAGCCGGAUCAAAGAGAAGAGGACACGCAGGAGGAGGUGGCGGAGGAAGAGGACGACGAGGAGGAGGACGAGGAGGAGGAGGAAGACAGAGUGGACGAGGGAGACGUGACCAGCCCAGAUGUGUCGUUUGCCUCCCAAAGCAGCCCUCGCACUGAUAGCCGCCUGGUGAAGUCCCACAGCGAAGCUCCAAUUGGGUCACCUAAAGAUGCAGCGGGCGAGCACGCCGCCCUCCACAGACAGCGCUCGCUGCCCCACCGGCCCCCCGUCAUCCCGCUGGUGGCCCGCAUGGCCGACCAGAACACGUCGGGGACCCCCGCCAUGACCGAGAGGGAGGCGUCCCGUCUGGACAAGUUCAAGCAGCUGCUGGCCGGGCCCAACACGGAUCUGGAAGAGCUCCGCAAACUGAGCUGGUCUGGAAUCCCCCGGCAGGUCCGGCCCAUAGCGUGGAAGCUCCUCUCGGGUUACCUGCCAGCCAACGCGGAAAGGCGAGAAAGCGUCCUGCAGAGGAAGAGGCAAGAAUAUUUCGGCUUCAUUCAGCAAUACUACGACUCCCGCAAUGAUGAGCACCAUCAAGACACAUACAGACAGAUUCACAUUGACAUACCGAGAACUAAUCCCCUUAUUCCUCUCUUUCAACAAGCUUCUGUCCAAGAGAUUUUCGAGCGGAUCCUCUUCAUCUGGGCCAUCCGCCACCCUGCCAGCGGCUACGUGCAAGGCAUCAACGACCUGGUCACCCCUUUCUUCGUCGUCUACGUGUUUGAGUACAUCGAGGAGGAGGUAGAAAACUUUGACGUGUCCAGUCUUCAGGAGGAGGCUCUGAGGAACAUCGAGGCCGACAGCUUCUGGUGUAUGAGCAAGCUGCUGGAUGGCAUCCAGGACAACUAUACAUUUGCUCAGCCAGGCAUCCAGAGGAAAGUCAAGGCCUUGGAGGAGCUGGUCAGCAGGAUUGAUGAGUCCGUGCAUCGCCACAUGCAGCACUACGAGGUGGAGUACCUGCAGUUUGCCUUCCGCUGGAUGAACAACCUCCUGAUGCGGGAGCUGCCACUGCGCUGCACGAUCAGACUGUGGGACACCUACCAGGCUGAACCAGAAGGCUUCUCCCAUUUCCACCUCUACGUGUGCGCGGCCUUCCUGGUGCGGUGGAGGAAAGAGAUCCUGGAGGAGAGAGACUUUCAGGGCCUGAUGAUCCUCUUACAGAACCUUCCCACGAUGCACUGGGGCAAUGAAGAAGUGAGCGUGCUGCUGGCCGAAGCCUACAGGUUGAAGUUUGCCUUUGCCGACGCGCCGAAUCACUACAAGAGAUGAUGAGCGUGGCUCCGCCCGGCCGCCGUCGCUCCUCCUCGUCUGCUGGACUCACAGAUCCUCCCUCCUCUUUUCUUAACCUCCUUUCAGCUACUAAGAGAUUGAAAUCAACCGAUGACUGAGAGGACGCUCGCUGUAGCAUUCUAGCCGCCUUUCUUUUUUUUUUAAAUUAUUAUUUUUUUUUCUCCGAUCAGCUCUGAAACGUGCAGAACCCUCUUCUUUUUAUUACUGACCAUCUCAGCUUCUUCUUGGAGUUCUUGGCCGAGCCCCUCAGGCCCGAUGCAGGACCAGCCGCCUGACUCCAAAAAGACUUUUGCUUUCUGCUUCUCGUUACUUCCAGUACCGUGGCAAUACUUUUUUUUUUUUUCCU